CUUAAUGAAAAGUUGUUUAAGAAAGAAUGAUAGUAAUAUGCUUCUAUAUAAGUACUCCACCUUCCCCAUAAUCUCCUCACUCUCACUCCCCUCCAAAAUCCUCUCUUUUUUUCAUUGAGUUAUAUAUUAUAUAAUCUCUUUUCUUAAUUACAAUCUCCUCAUUAAUUAGCAAAGGGUCAUUAAUGGCUUCCAAUCAAAUCUCCCAUCCCUUAUUAGCACUAAUCCUUGUGAUCAAUAUUCUCUUCUUCACAGUGGUUAGUGCGUGUGAGACUUGCGGCCCUAAACCACCGCCCCCAAAUUACCCAAAGACACCAUGCCCACCUUCUUCCAAAUUAGGCAAGUGCCCUAAAGAUGCCCUAAAGUUGGGUGUUUGUGCAAAUGUGCUUCAUGACUUGCUUCAUCUUGCGCUUGGUGUCCCUCCCAAGAAGCACUGCUGCCCUCUAAUUGAAGGGCUUGUGGACCUUGAGGCUGCUGCUUGCCUUUGCACUGCCAUUAAGGCUAAUGUUCUCGGGAUUAAUCUAAACGUCCCGGUUUCCCUCACCCUUCUCCUAAACUUCUGCGGCAAGAAGGUUCCAUCUGGCUUUCAGUGUUAUUAAUCGUGUCAAAGAAUCAACUCAGCCAAAAACU